AUGAUCGACGGUCAAACGCGUCGAACACAUAUUUAUAUAAGUAUGCAGCAGUCUGGUCUCCUCUGCGCUGUCAAUGUUCCACCUACAGAGACACUCGGAGUCCAGGGACAACGUGUACGACCUCAACCAGACUCAUUUUGGUCCUACUAUCCUGGAGACGUCGGAACACUUUCUAAGAAAACAACUAGUUGGCGACCCCAAACUUCACGUAUCACUCGAGAUAACAAAGAUUACAUGACCGCUUUAGCUCGAGGAAUAUCACGUGGAGAAAAACAACCAGCUGCAUACGAAACAAACGAAAUCUUUUCCUCACGUUGGCAUCAGCGUUCAUCGAACAAUACACUUCGACCAAGCACAGGCAAAUCAAAUAUUAUAGGAAAUCGACUACCAACCUCGUCAACUGAUCGGAAAGUAUCUGCGAUAAGUCUUCCAGAAACGAGUAGACCAACAACAGCACCUGUAGCUACUGAAAAACGAUCUCGGCGAAUUAGUGCGGCUCGAGUGAAACUAAUCGUUGCACCUCGCGCAUCAGUACCAGGGCCAGCAUCUUCUUCUCCCGUAACAGCAGUACCAUAUCGAAUUCCACGUUUAGCAGAAGCCUCGGGAAAUUUUGAGAAUCUAUCGGAUUCGACAUUUCAACCUCUUCCCGGUAGUCUGAAACCAUCACUUCUUAAAAGUGAUGGCCAUUUCGUUCAUCAACUAUGUCUGAAUACGAAUGAGAAUAGUCUUGAACAGUUGAAUACCAGUCGCGAUAGUUUUCUUGAUACAUCCAAUCGUAGUCGAUUGAGUGAAACUACUGUUGUCAAACGAGACUCGUUCGAAAGAACUGAAAGUGAUCAAGAGGACAACAGGAUUGACAGUCUUCCUAGCUUUCAACAGACUGUAAACGACGAGCAGGUCGAAGCUGUUGAUGAUUUACCGAAUAUUCAAUCUCCGGAUGAUGAUGUCGAAGAAAAUGAUCGACCUCCAACUGAACGCGAAGACGAUGAAGAUAUUCUCGAACGUGAAAAGAAUAUCGAUGAAUAUUCUUUCGAUAUAACACCUGAUGCAUCUACAGAUGUCUACGAUUAUCCAAAUCCAUUCACGGAAGAAUACGACCAAGUGAUUGCCGCCCAAUCACAAUAUCAAUCGAAUAAUGUGAACAUCGAACCAAAUUUACGAGAUCUGUAUCGUGAUACUAAGAUUAAACCGGACCCAAAUCCAAAUAUCAAAGCUGUUUUCGAGAAAUGUGUUAAACUAGCCAGAUUACAAACAAAUACAAUUAAAGGAGAACAACGUCGACGUCAAAAUCUAAUUGCAUACAAUCGUCUAAUGAAGAGCACUGCUUUUGAUGCAAGUUCAACAAAUUUAUCUGGAAAUUUUCCAAAUAAAACCAAUAACAAUAAUAAUACUGACAAAGAUAGUCGAGAAUUGAAUGAACUCAAACGUGAAUUACGUUGUAAUGAAUGCAAACGUAUUACAUGUCUUGGAAAUUGUGCACCCGGCCAAAACUAUCAUCUAUAUAAACGUGUGGUUUCAUCAAUCUCAGCUCAAGCGCUGUCAUCACGACAACUAUCAGCAACUUCUGGGUCACUCAACAAUCGCGAUCAACAACGCUGUAAACAUGGUUACGUAUCAUGUCCGAUAAGCUCCUGUCGAUCGGCAAGUGAUUUAGGCAAUAGUAAUGUGAUGUUAGCAAGUCUGAGUAAUAAUUCAACAAAUCGUGUUCGAUCAUCGAGAACGACGUUCACGUAUGGUCAAAAAAAUCAACGAUCUUCAGUUGAUUUACGUCCACGUUCCGUUCGUCAAACAUCACGAGAAGUGAAAAUGAAAUUCGAACAAGCGAAUUUAACUCCAGUUGUUGUCGUACCUCUAUUCGAAGAUGAAUCUCGAUCGAUACUAGCAAAACAUUCUCAAUCACGAACAACAAAUGAACUUUUACCUGGAAAGUCGUUUCGUUCCCAACGAAGAGAUUCAUUAACCAUCAUCUCACCACAAAAAAUGACGAGUUAA